GCGGAAGAUGGCAGAUGGCUCUGACUCGUAGGGUGUGAGUGUGUGUGUGUGAGUGUGUGUGUAUUGGUUCUUCGCUGUUCAGCGCGUCGAAUUCCUGUCCGUGUCCGUUAAAUCACCGGAGCGUGUUCAUGUUGUGUGGGCUGCUGUGUGUGUGAAUAUGACGGGAGAGAAGAUCCGCUCGGUCCGCCGAGAGCGCAAGGCGGGUCUGGAUCUACUGGAGCCGGACGAAGAGGCGGCGGACACCGGGCCCAUCAAAGCCAACAAGAGCAACAAGAUCAACCACAAGAUCAUCCGAUCAAGCUCACAACAGAACCAGAACCACAGCGACCCGGAGAGUGUAUAUCCCGUGCAUGAGUGUGUGUUCAGGGGAGACGUGCGAAGACUGUCAUCGCUCAUCCGAACUCAGAACAUCACGCAGAAAGAUGUGCACGGUAACACACCUCUUCAUCUGGCUGUUAUGAUGGGUCAUAAAGAAUGUGCUCAUCUCCUGCUAGCCCAUAAUGCACCAGUGAAGGUGAAGAACGCUCAGGGAUGGAGCCCGCUCGCCGAGGCCAUCAGUUACGGAGACAGACAGAUGAUCACAGCUCUUCUACGGAAGCUGAAGCAGCAGUCGCGAGAAAGCGUGGAGGACAAAAGACCACGUCUGCUUAAUGCGCUGAAAGAGCUUGGAGAUUUUUAUUUGGAGCUUCACUGGGAUUUUCAAAGCUGGGUGCCUUUACUGUCACGGAUUUUGCCAUCUGACACCUGCAAGAUCUACAAACAGGGUAUUAAUAUCCGUUUGGACACUACGCUAAUUGAUUUCACGGAUAUGAAGUGCCAGCGAGGAGACCUGAGCUUCAUCUUCAGCGGCGACGCGGUUCCCUCAGAGUCCUUCGUAGUUCUCGACAACGAACAGAAGGUUUAUCAGAGGAUACAUCACGAGGAAUCAGAGAUGGAGACCGAGGAAGAGGUGGACAUCUUAAUGAGCAGUGAUGUUUACUCCGCAACACUGUCCACUAAAUCCAUCACCUUCUCACGGUCGCAGACGGGCUGGCUCUUCCGAGAGGACAAAACGGAACGGGUGGGGAAUUUCCUGGCGGAUUUCUACAUGGUGAACGGUCUGGUUCUGGAGUCCAGGAAGAGACGAGAGCACUUGAGUGAAGAGGACAUUCUGAGGAACAAGGCCAUCAUGGAGAGCUUCAGUAAAGGAGGAAACCUCAUCGAACAGACCUUUGAGCCGGUGAGACGUCAGUCACUGACCCCUCCAUCUCCAAACACUAUCUCCUGGGAGGAGUACAUCACUGCAGAGACGGGCAAAGCUCCUCAUCUCGGCCGAGAGCUCGUGUGCAAAGAGAGCAAGAAGAACUUUAAAGCAACGGUGGCCAUGAGUCAAGACUUUCCCCUGGGCAUCGAGUCGUUGUUAAAUGUUUUGGAGGUGAUCGCACCUUUCAAGCACUUCAAUAAACUCAGAGAAUUUGUACAAAUGAAACUCCCGCCUGGAUUUCCUGUCAAAUUAGACAUCCCCGUGUUCCCCACCAUCACGGCCACCGUGACCUUUCAGGAGUUCCGUUACGAUGAGUUCGACCAGUCCAUUUUUACGAUUCCUAGUGACUAUAAAGAGGAUCCCAGUCGUUUCCCAGACCUCUGAGCUGCUGUGUCUCACCGUCUCCAUCCUCAGUCCCCGUCUUACCAACACCUCCCUUUGGUUACUUUUGAGUCCAAUAUAAGUCACGAGACGUCUGCAGAUGGAAACGAACAGGUUUCAUUUAGGAACUACUUUACAUAAUAUGGACAUAAAGGGAUCGUGAACUGACACCGAUAAUGGAACCAGUCGAGGAACGCCUUGGACGUCCGGGUCUUUUGGAAAUAUGGCAUUAUAAGUUAUGACAUGAGCCUCGUUUUCAUCUAUAUCUUUGUGCAACUGUUACUAACACUUAAAGGACACGUGUAUAUUUAGGAAGGCGUCUGUAUAUGAUUUGAACUGUAUGAAAGCGGUCACAGAAUACAAUAUAUAUGUCAUUUCUACAGAUAAGAGAAGCCUUUCUUUGUGCAAGUUGUAAAUAGGAUUUCUUUUCCCAGUUCUUUUGUUUAUGGUAGCAGUGAAUCACAUUUUGUUGCUCAGAUCUGUUUAAUGCUUUCGCACAUUUAAUAACGAAUGAACAGGGCCAGAGUUUAAUGUAGCAUAUAUGUUUAGAUGGAUUUAAGUAGUUGCGGUGACUGGAGCCCAUCGGUGGAUGCAAAUAAUUGGUUUCACUUUAUUUUCAGCUUGAUGGAUGUAAAUAUAUUAAAAUGAAACAUUCUCCACAUGUAUAACUGACACGUAUGUUCACUGAGAUAUUAGUGUUUCCAGACACGUUGAGUAAUGGCGCUGGGGAAAUCAUGAGCUUGCGUCGUCUUCACACCAGCAGUGUCCUGUUGGAGAAUUGGGCAUUUUCUGUUCCUUUUGUGUUUCCUCUUCAGAAUCGAAACAAGCUGCAACACUUCUAUAUCCCACUACUGGCUAGUGUGGAAAACUUGUGUGUUUUGAUUUUUUUUCUAUUUUAUUUCUACACUUUUCCAGUGUCUUUGAUUUUAGUUUCGCUUUAUGCCUUGAAAACUCCCCAGAUUUUCUCCCUGUUGUACAGCGGGACCCUUGUAUGAACCUGCUGGACUUUUACAUGACAAAUUGUAAUGAAUAAAAUGUCCAUGUAUUAAACGACAUGUAUUAAGGGGGUUGUUUUGUCCAGGUGGUCACACCAAAUAGUCUGUUUUACUCUUUGUUUUGGUCUAAUUAGCAAGAUUCUCUUAUAAUUUGUGUAAAAUAUUUUAAGAAUGAUUUAUAAACUCAAACCCGUGACAUCUGGUUGGUUUAUAGGAAUGUUGAUUCAGGAAAAUGUAAAUCCAGACAACAUUUGAUAAGACUAGAAUAAAAAUAUUUUUUUUAUUAUUUUAUGGUCUUAAAAGCUUAAAUAUAUGUAGCCUACACUGCUUUUUAUUAAACGGUGCACUCCACAUGUUUAUGUAAUAAUUAUUCUGAUUACAGGCGGCAAUCUCUGAAAUUCUGUCCGUUACGAUCAGGGACUAAAAACAGUUCCAGGAACAAAAAAAAACAAAAACAAAUGACAGUUUUUGCCGAAUGUAACCGGAAAGAGGAACAAUGUCCCUUUUUAUAUUGCUCUGGAAUGAAAAUGUAAUUUUUAAAUGUUUAUAACCAUUUAACCCUUUAAGCUCUGAAGGUGUUUUUAAAGAUUUCCUGUUUCAGUGACAUCCCCAUAAUUAAAGACUUAUAACUCAAUAAAAAUAAAAAUAAAAAUAAGGAGAGUCGAGUGUUUGGUA